AUGUGGCUGCUGCUGGUGGCCCUGUGCCUGUCCCAGGGCCUGGGCGGUGCCAUCCCCGUCGCUGAAGAAUUCCGCAACCCCGAGAGGUUCAUGAACAUUAGCCAGAAGAUCCGUUUCCAGGGCUAUCCCAGCGAGGAGUAUGAGGUGACGACAGAGGACGGCUACAUCCUCAGCCUCAACCGGAUCCCCCACGGCAGAGCGGGCGCUGGGCACUCAGCACCCAGGACACCUGUGUUGAUCGUGCAUGGGUUUUCUUUGGAUGGUGGUGACUGGGUGGACAAUCUCCCUGACAACAGCCUGGCCUUCAUCCUGGCAGACGCGGGAUACGACGUCUGGAUCGGGAACAACCGGGGCAACAGCUGGUCCCGCAGGCACCUGUACCUUUCUGUCCACCAGGAGAAGUUUUGGGAUUUCAGCUUCCACGAGAUGGCCAUCUACGAUCUCCCUGCCAUGGUGGGCUUCAUCAUCAUGCAAACCGAGCAGCAGAAACUGUUCUACGUGGGCCAUGCUCAGGGCAGCUCCCUGGGUUUCAUAGCGUUUUCCAGCCUGCCACACCUGGGAGAGAAGAUCAAACUCUUCUUUGCUCUGACUCCUGGGUACACCUUGAAGCACGUCAGAGGCCCUGUGUUAAAGGCAGUAUUUCUACCAGACGCGGCACUGAAGCUAAAAUUUGGAACCAAAGAGCUGAGCCUGGUGAGUAGGAAGGACAGAGCCUUCCUUGCUGAGAAGUGCAGCAAAUAUCCAGUAGAUGAUAUCUGUGAAAAUGAGAUCUUCGUUGUCGGCGGGUACCACAAGAACUUGAACACGAGCCGACUGGAUGUAUACCUAGCUCAUUUUCCAGACUAUACAUCAGUAAAAACUCUUCUCCACUGGGGACAGACUGCCAAAAGUGGGGAGUUCAAGCAGUUUGACUACGGGUUACUGAAGAACGAGGAGAAGUACAACCAGUCGUCCCCACCCCUGUACAGGAUAGAGGACAUGACGGUGCCGGUGGCCCUGUGGAGCGGGGGGCGGGACUGGGUGAAUCCCCCCCAGGAGAUCCAGCACCUGCUCCGCCGCCUCACCAGCGUCAUCCGGCACGAGGAGUUCCCUGACUGGAACCACUUCGACUACCACUGGGGCCUGGACGCCCCGCAGCGCCUCUACAGCCAGAUGCUCUCCCUCAUGGGCCAGCUCUCAUGAGUGUUCCCUGUGCUGCCCCCGGGGUGGAGCAGCCACCCCGCUCCCAUGUGCCUGAGGGCACAGGGUUGCUGUGAGGGAAGCCACGCUGCUCUUCCCUCCUUAAAAAUAUCUCCU